CCCUUCCACUCGGGCCAGCUUUCACAUGUUAUUAGAAGACUAUUUGUCCCAGCACAGUUAAACGAUAACAGGGAGCAGGGACGGUAGUCCUGUAGAAACCAUUGACUUGCUAUAAUGUAGAAGGUUUGAAUAACGUAAGUGGAGAAGAGAUGUUAAUUUCACACAGUACUCCAAGCUAGCUAGUGACAUAAAUUAGUUAGGAAAAAAGAACCCCACGUUUCCUUUUAUUUAUUAUGAUGUUAUCGUCUCCAUGCUUUGCCUUUGUUUUUCUAUAUAAAUACCACUCAAGGCUUCUCAUAUUGCACUGAUCUCCUUCCAUUCCCAGACCAACUAUCUCCUGCAUCUCUCAGUCGUUCAACAAUGGAAGUAAACAAGGAAAUAACAGAGCUCUAUCUCUCUUCUUCUUCUUCCUCUCCUAUCCCCGCAUUUACUACAAGAUGGUGGUCUAAGGACACAGUUGCGAUGGUCACAGGAGCCAACAAGGGGAUAGGGUUUUCCCUUGUAAAUCAGCUUGCUCAACUUGGAUUGACUGUGAUCUUAACUGCUAGAGAUGUAGAGAAGGGAAACAGAGCUGUUGAAUUGCUAAAAAGCCAUGGUUUACAUGUCCACUUCUACCGCCUUGACGUUUCAGAUCCUGCUUCUAUCAAGACCUUCGCUUUGUGGUUUCAAAAGAAGUUUGGAGUGCUGGAUAUCCUUGUAAGCUAUUUUCCUCUCCUUUUUCUCAUAGUUUCUCGAUUCUUAACCUAGAUAUAUACUGGUGUGGAGUGAAUCCAGACUCUGUGAAGUUGGGGAGUGCACUACCUUUGAAAUAUUUUUAUAAAUUUAGGGAGGAUUUUCCAAGUGUUUCAGACUUUGGAGGACAAUCCCCUUCCCCUGGCUAAUUCAUCAUAGACACCAAUCAUCAGGUGAAUGAUGUAGAAUUGUAGAUGAGCAAUACACGAAACAUACACUUGCCAAUACAGACUAAUCUCAUAUGAAGCAUGGGUUAUUAAUUAGGAUAUUCUAAUAAAUAAUUAAUUAAUAGCAUAAAAAAGCUGCAAAAGUUGACCAAUAAAUUUUUUCCCCCAGCAU